UAGUUACACUGAUCCCAGAUAACAUUAGAUUAUGUUCUAUCUAAUAAUUUACACAUAAAACUGGAACAGGGAUAGAUCUUACCGAUACCUUCCAUAAAUUCCAUGUGUCCUACCACGUUAUUAGAAGAUUCUAGAUCAUGAGAGUCGCACAGUUUUCUGGAAAAAAAUAAACUCUGAAAGAGAGAAAUGUUAGAAUUAAUGUAUUCUUGUACUAUUUUUGGAAAUAAUGUAUACUUGUAAUGUACUUCCUAGCAGGUUAAUUAAAUCGUCAGAGUUUUGUAUGUACUAGUUCUUUGACCAAAGUUUAUGUGUUUUGUGGCUGAGAAAAAUCUAGCCUUGUGUGGUUUAGUACUGUGUUCCAGCAGCAUCUCCAAGUCUUGGGAUUUAAGCCUAAGCAUCUGUAUAAUCUUUUCAGAUCAAAAUAGAAAAUAGACGAGCUACAUGGUCUGCACUCUGUUCAUCUCAUUUUCUUUCUAAAAUUCUCAUCUACAUCUUUCUUCUUUACUUAAAUAUAUGUUUAGAGAGUGAUUGUAGGUGUGAGAGAGAUAGAUUCCAACAAGAAAGAGAUGCCAAAGCAGGCUCAUAGAAGAUCAUACCAAAAUGUCUUUGUACUGUUUGCAAUGGCUUUCUUUGCUAUAGUCUCAGUGGUUGUUAUGCCAAAGGCCCAUGGAGGAAUAUCUACUUGGUUGGGUUUAACUAGUACCAUAGGUAUGAGUUCUGAUUCUCAGUUCAGAUUCAACAAUAUUUCUGGAAACGGGAGUUUCACAGGCAAGUCUGUUUCUAAACGAGAUAAUGAUAAAAGAGAUGUAAACCUGGAGAGGCUUGAGGCCGGUCUUGCUACUGCUAGAGAGUUGAUAAGGGAAGCAACAAAGCUAAACCAAACAAGUACACUUGAAGAUGCCGAUUAUGUUCCACACGGCGAUAUUUACAGGAACGCCUAUGCCUUUCACCGGAGCUACCUCUUAAUGGAAAGACUUUUUAAGAUUUUUGUCUAUGAAGAGGGAGAGCCUCCAAUAUUCCACAAUGGUCCUUGCAAGAACAUAUACUCUAUGGAAGGACUCUUUCUCAGCUUCAUGGGAACUGAUACCAAAUUCCGAACUUUGGAUCCAGAAAAAGCUCAUGUCUAUUUCCUUCCUUUUAGUGUGGUGAUGAUCAUUGAGUACCUCUUUGAUCCAAUUAUUCGAGACAAAGCUGUUUUACAACGCACCGUGGUUGAUUAUGUUCGAGUCAUAUCCAACAAGUACCCAUUUUGGAAUAGAAGCCUUGGGGCUGAUCAUGUAGUGCUUUCUUGCCAUGAUUGGGGGCCAAGGGCGACAUGGUAUGUUCGACAGCUAUACUUUGUUGCCAUUCGUGUACUAUGCAAUGCGAACACCUCCGAGCACUUCAACCCUAAGAAAGAUGCAUCAUUCCCCGAAAUCAAUCUUAAAACAGGUGAAAUUACAGGUUUAAUUGGAGGCUUCCCCCCCUCCAAACGUUCUAUCCUAGCCUUCUUUGCAGGACAAAUGCAUGGACGAAUCAGACCAUUGCUUUUCCAACACUGGAAAGAAAAAGAUAAAGAUCUACUGGUUUAUGAAACACUCCCCAAGAAAUUUUCGUACCAUGACAUGUUGAAGAAAAGCAAGUAUUGCAUUUGCCCAAGCGGUCAUGAAGUCGCUAGUCCAAGGAUCGUAGAGGCAAUUUAUGCAGAGUGUGUUCCAGUUUUGAUUUCACAGCAUUAUGUUCUGCCUUUCAGUGAUGUUCUAGAUUGGGAGUCCUUUUCUAUUCAAGUAUCUGUGAGUGAAAUACCACAACUUAAGGAAAUCUUAAUGGGGAUUCCUGAAGAGAAGUAUAGAAGAAUGCAGGAAAGAGUGAAACAAGUGCAAAGGCAUUUUGUGGUGAACAAUCCCCCCAACAGAUUUGAUGUUUUUCAUAUGAUAAUUCAUUCAAUAUGGCUUAGGAGACUCAAUGUACGUAUUUAUAGUUGAAGGCAUUCAAUAUGAAACAAUAACAAAAAGACAAACAAAAUAGUUCUACAAUUGAUCAUAAACACCACUCCACGCCAAUCGGGAGCGGGAAGGUUGCACAUAAUUAUAUAUGAAAUUGUUAUUUAAAAACUAGUGAAAAAUAAAAAUUCUAAGAAAAGACGCUAUAAGAACUACUUGUGCUGUAUAACACAAAAUGUAUUGGCAGUUGCAGCAUGGGGCAGUAGCAGUAUGGCUGCAGCAUGGCUUAGUUUACUGUUUCUGACUUAGUUUUCUGGUUUACUGGUUUGUACAUUAACUUCCACUGUUCAUACCUUACUUUUAGUUGGUAAAGUAGAGUUGUUAAGCAUAGUUAUGGGUUGAGUUGAAGUUAAAAGCAUUGUUGCUUGUUUUCCUCCUUGUAUAUAUUUGCAUCCUUGUAAUCAAUUUAUUAAUAAAGUAAUACAAGAAAACU